GAUAUUCAACCCCCUCUACUCAAUUGGCUCUCUUGCCUCCCUCUGACACUCAUUUGCUUCCGGUCUUUCAGCAUAGCAAUGCUGUCUCAACGGAUCCUAGCCCGGCGCCUCCCCCAGGUUGCCGCCCGCGCCAUUGCUCCCCGCGCAGCCUUCUCCCAGGUCCCAGCCCUCCGUGCUGCUGAAGUCGAGGACCCUUUCCAGAACAACAACUACCCUAACCCUCCCCGUGUGAAGCGGGCCUUCAGAGAUCCCUACGGUGGCUGGUGGGACGCCCAGGAGAAGCGCAACUUCGGUGAACCUGUGCAUGAGGACAACGAAAUCCUCGGUGUGUUCAGUCCCGAGCAAUACACCCACGUCUCCGCCGGCAAGGGCUUCUUCCACCUCGGAUGCUUCGUUGUCGCGUUCCUUAGCGUGUGCGGUGUUGUCAGCAUGUAUUACCCCGACAAGCCCAGUGCCCCCAAGACCUAUGCCGAUGGUCUGGAGAAGGAGCUGGGAGGGCCCAAGGCUCUGCCUGCUCGCAAGUCCGGUGAAGACAAGUGGUGAUUGGCAUCUGGUCUCUUUUUAUUUUUGUGUAAAUACCAGUACGAUUUUUUAUAUUCGGCGUCACUUGAGGGACUGAUGGUCGGUUGGCCGACAGUCCCAUGUUUCAAACCCCGAAAAGCCCGAUUGCAUGUUCGGAAUGAAUUUGGAUAAAACUACUUUGAUCUUUGUAGGCACGCAUCUGGAGAGACUGGUGUCUGUAGAGGGUCAAAGAGACAAAGAGGCACACCUGUCGCAGUAUCACUCCUUUGCGCAACGGCAUGGCAUACUGGGGAUGGUAAUGGUAUAUGUCGAAUAACCUUACACCCUUGCUUUAAAUUGACGAUCCCUGUG